GGAAGACACUCUCAUUACUUUGGUGACGUGCAGAAAGAAAUCCAUUUCAAACAAUAAAGAAAUAUAGAAUCGACAUGGGGAAAGUUAUUUCGAAAGCUACACGACCUAUACGGAAUUUUAAUAUAGAGAACCGUGUUCAAAAAGUGAUACAAACAGAGAAACCACGUCCAGCACCUCGACACCCGACAACAGUGGCAGCUUACGAAAGUCAUGCAAAGGAUCACCCAGAGUUCUUCCAUGAACACAAUACAAAAAACUUGAAACUUGAUGAGAACCUGAGGAAGAUUCGUGUAAACUCAAUUGGAGACAACCCAGAGAUUGAAGCUAAAUCGAGCCGUCAUAUGCCUGAAGACCGUAGCAAAGCAAUUUCGUGGGAAUAUGGUAUUCCAGAACCUGAUGUCAUCCGGGAAGGUUGCAUCACCUUACGGCAAGCUCUGGCAUUCAUUUCACAGCACCACUUGAACCCCAAAGAAUUUUCUGCUGAAAGCAUAGCCAGAGAACAUAAGCUAAAUCUAACAGAUGUUGAAAAUGUCCUGAAGUAUUUUCAGGCCUUGCACAUGCAUAUUCCUAAAGCCAUGUUGGAAAAGAAUCCAAAACUGCUGAGUGCAGCACAAGGCCUGGAGAGCCAGCCUAGUCUGGCCCACGAAGACAUGAUGAAACUUGGUGACAGCAGCAACAUACGAAGCACACCUAGUGCUGGGACUUCCUAGGAUUAUUUCAGUGCAGUUUUAUUUCAGUGAAACUCUUCAGUUGUCAGAAAAGGGCUUACAGUUACUGUGAUAAGACGACUUUUAUUGUGUCAAAAUGUGCACUGACAAAAAUACAUACAUACCAACAGUAGCUGUGUCAUGUUUUACUUACUACUCCGUUCAGGGAGAGAAUAAAGCUGUUUCUGUGUCUGUAAGUUUUAACAAGAGCUUUCAAAGUCUGGGGCAAAGCUAGCUUGACAUCUUGGAUAAUUUUUGCUAGAAUGGUCGAUGAUACAAUGACAUAUAAUGUAGACUGCACAUUUGUGCACCGCUAGUUUUGCCUGACCUGGAUAAUCUUUGUCAGGUUUCCAAACCAGGCACGGAAAGAGGUGGACAGACCUUUGAUGAAUCAGUGUAUAGAACAGCAUUGAGUUUUAGUCUUGAUGCCAAACAAGCACAGCUUGCAAAUCAAAUACAACCUGCUUUGGGCUUUCUUGCACAAACACUUGACAUGGUCUUUGAAAGUUUAAAUGGAUUCCAAGUUAUUUGAUCAUCUGAACUUUUUGCCCUUUGAGAAAUAAAAGACCAAACUGUUGUGGAGCAUAUAGAAUUGGCGAUGAUUUCCUUAGUUUUUGAUAUGCUUAAAUUCAAGGAAUUGUUUCUCAUAUAUAGAGAGCAAAUGUAGUUGAUAUUCACUCAGUGGCAAACAUAGUAGCUGCGCCAGCCAGUUUAUAGUGUUGCGAAGGUAUGUUUAAGUUGUCUAGAGGUUUCUGUAUAUGACCUGCAAAUGUUACCUUAAUAAAAUACCUGCUCUUUUUAUUUGGUAAGAGACGUUAAAAGAUUGAUUCAUAUUAGGGUUAUUGAAUAUGAUAGAAAAAUUAAUAAAAAAAUGUAAUGGCUAUUUGGUUUAUUAAAGUGUGCUAUUGCAUAAUCAUGA